AUGUCGAGGAUCGACGCCAUGCGUUGGACGCCACACAUGGAAGAAAGUCUUUCGGUGCUCGCUGAGGCUAAAGAGUGCUCUCAGGAUGAGCUCUUGGUUGCGCAAGUUAAGCUUCAUCUGAUCCUAGACAAAGUUCAUCAAUUGCGACGUGAUGGUGAACCUUUACCUUCGCUGGCUUUCUAUUUGAGUACUUUCAAGAAGGAGUUAGAUAACGUGAAGAGCCAAAUUCCGCCUUACCUUCAACAGCAUAAAGUCCUAUUGAUGCACCUAUACAAUGCCGAAAUCAUAAUCAACGAAAUAUCAAUCGGAAACCCCGCUGUUCCACACGCUUUCGACAUCAAUCGCCUUGACAGCCUUUCCACCUCGCUUCAGGCAACAAAGGGCUGGCUAGACGUGUGGUUGGAACUUGAAGGACAGGAUUAUCUCGAGGCACCGCCUGCCAUCUUCUUCCAAUUCACCCGAACUAUUGUCAAUCUGUACAAGCUCACGGUUCUGGAAGACCCUGCAUGGUCCAAGACAAUGGUCCGAGACACUGCCAAUGUUCUUGAAUAUCUGGACAGAAACGAAGUUAUCCUCAAAAGGUGUACAGAGGCUCUCAGUCCUCACGCAAAUAGGGAACUGUACACAUUCGAGCGAGGAUUGAGAAUGGUUCGAGGCUUGAAGAUGAACUGGGAACCAAAAUUGGUGGAGACGUGGCGACUGGAUAUACCUGCGAAUAGUGCAGUGGACACUAAUAUGAUGCAGGCUGAAGUGACCCUCCCCGAUGUCAUGGCUUUCAAUAGUAUUGACGAGUCCUGGAUGACGGAAUUUCUUAGAUCACUGUGA